ACUAAAUAUCGCUCACCCCUAGUUUCGAUAGUGUUUCUCUCCUCUCGUGUAGAAAAACAGAGAAAAUACAAUUUUUCGUGCAUUUUGCCCGUGCAAAACCCGAAAAUCGGCCCGCGUCCGCUUGCAUUGCACCGAAUUCGCAGUGCACUUAACGCGCGAACUGAAUUGGUCCCGAUUUAGCGGCCCGUAAAUCGCGAAAUCAAAAAUAUUCGCAGCAAGAAGAAGAACGGAACGGCAGUAGCAGAGCAGCUAUAAUUGUCGCUGUUGUUGUUGUGGUUGUUUGUGUCAGUGUUGGUGGUGGUGGUGCGUGUGUUGUUGUUGCUGCCUCUGGGAUGAUGCUGUGCUGUAAAGUAAAGUAAAGUAAAAGUGGUGGCAAAACCAAAAAGACCGUGUGUGUGCAACGCAAAAUACACGCUGCAAUUGGCUUGGCGGCCAGGCGGACAAUGAUAAGAACAAUGGUGGUUUAAUUUAGGAUCCAAUAGUCGCAAAAAUAUCAAACUGUGCUUCGUGCAAAAAAUUGCGCCAAUAAGCAAAAGCAAACGCAAACAUCGUUUGUUUUAUUGCAUUCCCAACACACACAGGAACGAACGCACGCAGUCGCAUACAUAUGCGUUGCAGCAGCAACAGAGAUUUUUUUUGACCACACACACUCACACACACCCACAUGCAUCCACGCAGCAAUUGGAGCACAACAAUAACAAAAUACGGAAAGAGCAGUCAAAUGUUUCACUUGAGUGAUCUGGUUGCCAAGGAUUAGAGCCACCAACAAGGAGUGAGAGGAUACGACAAGGAGGAGCCAAGGAACCGCAACCGAAGAUGUCGCGCUGGGGCAAGAACAUCGUGGUGCCGCUGGACUCGCUCUGCAAGGAGAAGGAGAACACCAACCGGCCCACUGUCGCCCGAUCCGUGGGCACCGUGGGCAAAUGGGGCAAGAUGGGCUUCACCUCCACGCGCACCUACACGCUGUCCGCCCUCCAUCCGAUGGCCGCGGCAGCGGCGGCGGCUGCAGCGGCCGCCAGUCCCUCCCAGAGUCCCGCCUCCACGCAGGACCACGAUCCGAACGACCUGUCCGUUUCGGUGCCGGAGCCGCCGAAGCCGAAGAAGUUCUUCAAAUCGAGGAACGCUGCUCCGCCGGAGGUUAUAGCGCAGAUAAUCCAGCAGCUGCCGCAUUGCGGGGCCGGUGCAUCGCCCAUGCGGGAUCAGUUCUCCGCGGCGGCAGCGGGUGGUGGACACACACCCACCUCCGGUGGCCACGAGGCGGGCGGACUAAAGCUAAAGCCGGGCAAGGGCGGCAGCUCCGCAGAGCGGAAGCGCAAGUCGCCCAAGAAGAAAGCAGCCGCAGCGCAAGGAGCAGCAGCUACGAGCACGCCCACGACGCCUGGUGCGUUCUACGGCGCCUCCGAUCGGGAUGGCGAUGGGCUGAGUGAUCCCGCCUCGGAGCAGCCGGAGCCGUCCAGUGCGUCGGGCAAACAGAAGAAGGAGAAGAAGCCGAAGGAGGAGAAGAAGCUGAAGCCGGAGGCACCGCCCUCUCGGGUUCUGGGCCGCGCCCGCAAGGCCGUCAACUAUUGCGAAGUGGACGAGGACGAGCGCUAUCCCACGCCCACCAAGGAUCUGAUCAUUCCCAAGGCGACUCGCCAGCCGGCUGAAGGGGCGGCCACAGCAACAGCAGCCGCCACCUCCUCGUCGGAAGCCUUCAUCAGCUCCACGUUCGGCAGUCCGGGAUCGGAGCCGUCGUUACCACCGCCCACGUCCGCGCCCAGCACAUCCGCGUCAUCUACGACAACCCAGUUGCCCUCCGCGUCGGGCGGCGCGUCGAAUCCUCCAAGCGCCUCCCGCACGCCGGAACAUCCCCCUAUCGUUCUUCGCAUUUCCAAGGGCACUUCACGCUUGGUCAGCACGGAUAGCGAGGAGCCGCCGAGCAGUUCGCCCGCAGCUCACCAGAACCCACACAACCUGCUUCCGGUGUCGGAAGAGGAGCCAGCGGAGCGGACCGGAGACGAAACAGUUCCUGCAAGUACGCCAAAAAUCACAGUGAAGCCACUGAGGCCGCCGCCAGUAGCAGAUUUGGCGGAGGCAUCAUCAGCGGCAGUGGGAGGAGCAGCAGGCGAUUCCUUCGAGGAACGCAAGUCACUGGACGCCAACGAGGACGAGGAGGACGAAGAAGAGGAGGAGGACGAAGAGGAGGAACCGCCGGAGAUAAACUACUGCACAGUAAAGAUAUCACCGGACAAACCGCCCAAGGAGCGGCUUAAGCUGAUUAUCAAGACGGACGUGAUCCGCAACGCCAUCGCCAAAGCCGCUGCAGCAGCGGAGUCCCGCAGCGAGAAGAAGUCCAAGAGCAAGAAGCACAAGCACAAGCAGCUAUUGGCCGCGGGAUCUGUAGCCGCCCCAGCCCCUGGAGUCAAUCCCGCCGAGCCCAACUCUGAGUUUAAGACGCCCUCACCUCAUUUGGCCUUCAGCGAGGCCAACAGUCAGCAAGCACAGCAUCCGCCAUCCCAACACCAUCAACCACUGCAUCCGCAGCGAGUCUCCACCGUCAUAUCGCCCACCACUAGGUCCGAUCACGACUUCGACUCACAGUCCUCGGUGCUGGGCAGCAUCUCCUCCAAGGGCAACAGCACUCCACAGCUCUUGGCGCAGGCCGUCCAGGAGGACAGCUGUGUGAUCCGCAGCCGGGGAUCCAGUGUGAUCACCAGUGAUCUGGAGACGAGCCAGCACUCCUCGCUGGUGGCCCCUCCCUCGGACAUUGAGUCGCGACUGGAGUCCAUGAUGAUGACCAUCGAUGGAGUCGGUACGGGAGCAGCAGCUGUGGUGCCGGAGACGCCGCUGCAGGAGGACAUAUUGGCUGUGCUGCGGGGCGAAGUGCCACGGCUAAAUGGCAAUGCAGAUCCUGCUCCAAACGAGGAGGCUGAUCAACAGCAGCAGCAGCCGAAGAGAGCCACGCGUGGCAGGGGCAGGAAGGCCAAUAACAACGUAGAAGUACCUCCUCCGGCCACGGAGACCAGAACCCGCGGCAGAGCCAAAGGAGCAGAUGCGGCUGCGACUGCGGCUGCCAUUUCGCCUCCAGCGCCCAAGCGAAGCACACGAGGCACUCGAGGCUCCAGAAAAACCGAGCAGGAAGUGGACAUGGAAGUGGACGAACCUGCGGCGGCGGCGCCGGCGAUCGAGGAGCAGCUGGAACAUGCUGCACCUCCGCCGCGAAGAGGACGCAUGGCUGCCGCCCGCGCCAAUAACAAUAAUUCGGCCAGCGUCAACAACAACAUCAACAAGAUAGCCGCCAGUCUGUCCGCCAAAGCCGAGGCCAGUCGCCUGGUGGAGGGCGGAGCAGCGGGUGGAGCACCUCGUAGCUAUGGCCGGAAACGAAAGAACCAGCAGGUGACGCAAGUGCUGCAGCAGGAGCAGGCGCCCGAAGAAGAGGAAACUCCCGAGGGCGAGGAGGAGCAGCCCACGCCCGCCAAGAUUCCGCACACGGAUCACAGGGAACAAUCGCCGGACCACGAUCCGGAUCCUGAUCCCGACGAGCUCUCGAACAACUCAAACAACUCGUCGCUGCAGCACGACGGAUCCUCCUCUUCGCCCCCGCCGCGCGAUUUCAAGUUCAAGGACAAGUUUAAGCGAACGCUCACCUUGGAUUCCCAGGGAGCGGCUAACGCGGGAGCGGGAGGAGCAGCUGCAGCAGGAGCAGGACCAGGACCAGCGGAGCCCUCUGGCGAACAGCGAGGCGCCGUCAAGCUGGUCAUCUCCAAGAAGAAAGGCAGCAUCUUCAAAAGCCGCGCCCUGGUGCCCUCCGAUCAAGCGGAGCAGGCGACAGUGGCCAAACGGCAUCUGUACAAGCACAGCUGGGAUGCGGCACUGGAGGCGAAUGGCGGGGGAACCGGCAGCGAUGCCAGCAAUGCCUCGGCAUCAGGAGCAGGCGUCGCCGGGGCCAAGGACCAUCUGCUGCAUCAUUUGGCGGCGGGCAAGUCCGAUGGCGAUUUCGGCGACAGUCCCUCGUCGAACAACAACGGCUCCUCCAGUGCGUGCAGCAGUGCGUCCACGUUGCGCGGCGACAGUCCGGCGCUCGGGAAGAUCUCGCGACUAGCGGGGAAACAGGGCGUGCCUGCCACCUCCACGAGUGUCGAUGCCUUUGACCUGGAUCUGGAACCCAUACCCGGCGAACUGGACCUAGAGCGCAGUGCAGCGGGAGCAGCGUUCGGCGGAACGGGUGGAGCAGCAGGCGGAGGAUUAGCGACAGGCGGCGGGGGACCCAUUCGCGUCGAUCGCAAAACCAAGGACUACUACACGGUGGUGCGUAACGUGAAGACGGCCCAUCAGAUUCAGGAAAUCGGAGAGUACCAGGAAAUGGACGACGACGUCGAGUAUAUCCUGGACGCACUGCAGCCGCACAAUCCACCUGCGACGCGCUGCCUCUCCGCCCUGCAACUGGCCGCCAAGUGCAUGAUGCCCUCCUUCCGGAUGCAUGUGCGUGCGCACGGCGUGGUCACAAAGUUCUUCAAGGCACUAUCCGACGCCAACAAAGACCUCAGCCUGGGUCUGUGCACCUCGGCCAUUAUGUACAUCCUCUCCCAGGAGGGCCUCAACAUGGACCUCGAUCGCGACUCCCUGGAGCUGAUGAUUAACCUCCUCGAGGCGGACGGUGUGGGUGGCGGCACGGAGAGUGGACACCCGGAUCGGGCGGGCUACGACCGCAACAAGCAGAAGGUGCGGGAGCUGUGCGAGGAGAUCAAGGCGCAGGGCAAGGGUACGCAUCUCAAUGUCGAUUCCCUGACCGUGGGCACGCUGGCAAUGGAAACCCUGCUCUCCCUGACGUCCAAACGGGCAGGCGAGUGGUUCAAGGUGGAUCUGCGCAAGCUGGGCGGUCUGGAGCACAUCAUCAAGACCAUCUCGGAUUUCUGCAGACCAGUGAUUACCUGCGACACGGAGAUCCACUGGCAACCGGCGCUGCUGGACAACAUGCAAACGGUGGCGCGAUGUCUGCGAGUACUCGAAAAUGUGACGCAGCACAACGAGGCGAACCAGCGCUACAUGCUCACCUUUGGCCAGGGAAAAGCGGUCGAGACGCUCUGCCAACUGUACCGCCUGUGCAGCCGACAACUAAUGCUGCAUCCCUCGGUGGACUGCGCUGGCAGCAACAAGGAACAUCCGGGCGUGGCCAUGCGGGAGCUGCUGGUGCCGGUGCUCAAGGUGAUGAUCAACCUGACGCACACGUUCAACGAGGCGCAGCCAUCGCUGGGCGCCGAGUUGCUCGGCCAGCGGGGCGAUGUGGUGGAGACGAGCUUCCGGCUGCUGCUUCUCUCGGCGAACUACAUUCCCGACCACUGUGUCUUCGAGCUGAGUAUUCUGGUUCUCACCCUGCUUAUUAACCUGUGUAUGCACACGCUGCCCAAUCGGGCUGCGCUUAUGCAAGCUACCGCUCCGGCGGAGUACGUGGCGGACAAUCCGCCGGCACAGGGAACUGUGAGUGCACUGCAAGCUCUGCUCGAGUACUUCUACAAGUGCGAAGAACUGGCCAGAUUGGUCGAGAAGAACACGGACGCCUUCCUCGAGAGCAACGAGAAGGGCAAGAAGAAACAAGAAGAAGUGGAGGAGACAGUCAACAAUCUUCUGCAACGCGCCGGUCAUCAUAUGGAGCACACGCUGAAGGGCAGUUAUGCGGCCAUCCUGGUGGGCAAUUUGAUCGCGGACAAUGAGCGGUUCGAGGCGCUGGUGCGGCGCCAGCUGCGAGGACAAAGCUUCAAGGAGAUUAUCGGCGUGCUGGAGAAGUACCACACAUUCAUGAACCUGACCUCCAGCUUGGAGGCAGCCUUUGUGGCGCACAUGAAGUCCACGAAACGCAUCAUCGACAACUUCAAGAAGCGUGACUACAUCUACGAGCACUCGGAUGACCACGACAAUACCCUGCCUCUAAAUCUGGAGACGACGGCGCAAGUGUUGGCCGUGGAAACAGAGACGGCGCAUGCUGCUGCCUCGUGCUCAUCCACAUCCGCCUCCGCUUCCUCAUCCACAUCGCCCACAGGAUCGACGAGGGUGACGCGGGUGUACAAGACGUACAGUAGCCACAGAUAAUCGGACUCGGAAUCGGGAACGGAAUCAGAAUCGGAAUCGGAAAGCCAUCGCCAUUGUCGUUAACCACACCGAAAGCCUGCCACCAAAAUAAAAUUCUGUUGUUUGUGAUUAUGUAAUUUGUUUAUGUGUUGAUAUAGCAACCCCUAAAUGUAUGUGUAUAGUCUGUAAUGCACCUAGUUUCAGUCAGCUGUAUCCCCACGUAUAUAUAUAUUUAUAUAUCGAAGUAUAUAGCUAAGAGCGAUAGGAUACAAUGCGAUCUGAUCUGUUUCUGCGUUUGUAUUAACCCAAAGUGAUAGCGAAUUCGUGAGCAUGCUCUGCGUUUUAACUAAGGAAAAUGAUAAGGAUUGACGAAAUGAAAACGUGAAAGCAACACCCCGGACAACACAAAGAUCCAAAUCCCCUACUGAUAUCUGUACGUUAUAUAGUCAUAAGCAAUAUUAGCAGCUAAACGUCGGCUUACCCUUACAAACACACACACACACCCAUGUAAAUAUUGUUUAAUCAGCGAUUUUAUCGGACGCGUCUUAGGUUUAUUUCGAAUGUGUUUUUUACCUAUUCUUACCUUAUAUAUUAAACCUUUUUUUUUAUUCGUAAACUUAAUGUAAAUGCUCUCAAUCUCAACAACACUGCAGGAGAAAGAGCGAGAGCGGUAGACAGAAGUGUAAAGAGAGAAAUAUCUAGAUUCGAUGAGGAAAAUAAAGUUAUUUUAUUGCCUAAACUUAA